GUUGGGUCUUUUUCGCAGAGAGGCAUGCAGUGAGGUCUUCACGAUGGUUUUCCUCGGCCCAUAGUUUGAUGGUGUCAUAUUUAUGUACACUUUUCCGUGACCAGAAGUUAGCGUAAACGCAGGGCUGUCUCGCCGUAUAGGUGCAUGUUCAUCUCUGCACAGAAAAUAUUGCGGCAUUCAAACCAUUCUGAGCUUUCCCUAGGCUAAUACGCAGUGGUUGUGUGAACGUUCGUCGUAUGUCUGCCGGCCGUGCGAGUUCUGUCAUCGUGUUAGCGCUGUGCUUUUCGAAUUGGUGUUCUGAAGCACUGAUCCAGUUCCCAUUGCUUUGCUUUUGAAGCGUCGCCUUUUCAGUUAUGGUCAAAGAGGAGCCUUCAGACAGUGGCCAGAACUCCCAUCACGAGAGCACCAAGAGCCCCAAACGUGAAGGUGAGAAAAGCCCAAGUCGGGAGGAGGAUGGUGCGAGCAAGCCCAAAAAGCCCAAGUUCAAUGACAACGAGAAGGGGCGCGAGUUUGAGUGCAAGCUGUGCUACUGCAAGUUCUUCACGGUGGCCCAGUACACGUGCCAUAUCCAGAGCUUCGAGCACCGCAAGCGCACCAUCAUAAAGACGGCCACCAAUGCUUUCAGCGUGGCACCUGAUUACCAAGAUGGUCAUGGGAGUGACCUGCCACCAGGUCUGUCGGGUCGCAAGGUGGUGCACUGCAAAGUGUGCAACGUGUUCACCAACAGCGCCAUACAGCUGGCUGAGCACCUGAAUGGGGGACGCCACAAGCAAACCUGCUUCAAGUUCAACGUGCCCAUCACCACCUUGGAGCUGACGAGCGAUGACACCAGCACCCUCGAGGGCACCCGGCUGCAAGGGGAGAAGCUGAUGUGCAAAUGCUGCUCAAUCGAGAUCAACUCCAUGGAGCAGUAUAAAGAGCACAUGGGCAGCACCAGACACAAACUGAUAUCACAGAGAAUACCACUCAAACCAGAACGCGCAAUAAAGAAGGCCCUCAAGCCCUUCUACAAGAACAAAAGGAAUGGGAAAGGCGAAGAGCGAUCAGAUCACAAGACUGGGAAGGAUAAAGGCGAGGAGAAGGACACGGAGAAGGUCAAGGAAAAGGACAAAGAGAAGGGCAAAAAGGACAAGGAGCAGGACAAUAUACCAAACGACAAAGCUGACAGUGGCUCCCGCAGCUCUAAGGUGAAUACCCCAUGCGCUCAGCCCUCCCUGGGCAGGGUGGAAGGUUUGCCAACAGUGCGCAUCAUAGCACAGGUGCGGGACAAGUACCAGCUUGACCUGCUCGAUCAAUUGAACGAAUGCCCAGAGAGGCGCAACGAGAUGGAAUUUAGCCGUUCCCACCGGAUGAAAGGCAAGAAGACGCCUAUUUUAAAAUCAGUGCCUUACAUGUGCGACAUCUGCCAGGUGUUUGGAAAGUCUGCCUUUGAGCUGAACGAACACCUGAAUAGUGAGCGGCAUAAAGCAGCACUGCGCAAGUUUCUCGGCGGCGAAAAGUCGCCCCCAACCAAGGAUAGCAAGGUCGACCACAAGCCCACUGAGGUCACCGACUCUGAAGAUAAAAACUCUCAAAAACCGGAGUUGUAUUGUGAUAUUUGCCAGCUGCUGCUGCCAUCAUUUGGCGUGAAAGAACAGCAUGAAAAAAGCAAGAAGCACAAGUUCCUCCAAGAACUGAGAAAGAAUGCCAAGACAGAAUCACGCGCCCAAGAGGCUACUGUUGUGAAGAAGACCGAAGCAACAAAGAGAGUCACUGCAGAAAAGGCAGUCCCUCCAGCAAAGACCUUACACUGCAGUGUCUGCCAAAUGGAUGUCGAAUCGGACGAAGCCAUGAAAGAGCAUGUCAAAAGCAAGAAGCACAAGUUUCUUUCUGAGCUGAAGCCAGAGCCACCAGCGCCCAUCCGGCGGCCAGAAGAAAGCACCAAGCACAAACGUGCCCGGCCACGCAACAACAGUCCCGACAGGCGAGACUGGCGACAUUGGACGCGACGUGGCAAUGAGGAGGAAGAGGUCCCCGAGCUAGCAGCCUUGGCUCUGAAGCGACAGGCGUUGCAAGUAGAGUUGGCCAAGCGACGGAAAGAAAUUGAUGAGCAGCGCCGCCUGAUCGCAGAGCUGCAAGAGGAGAAGCACCUCGAGCAGGAGAAGGCUGCGCUGCGGCGCAUGAUAGACGAGUGUCGGCAGCUAAUCAAAGAGCGGGAGCACCACAAGCGCCAGGCCACUGAACCAGAGGAGAGCACUUCGCGUAAGACGGCCAAGUCUGUCCAGUGGCACGAUAGCGUUACGGUGGUUGAGGUGAAGGAAGAGCCGUGGGACUCUGGUGACACCAGGGCUGGUCACACCAGGGGCCAUGACUAUGCAGAGCCGCAAGAACGCCUCAGCCUUGUCAAGAAGGCACAAGAAGACUGGGAAACAGAACACCUUGAUCAGGCCAGGAGUCGUGGCCUCGCACAGCAGAAGCGCCCUGUUCCUGUUAAGCAGGAGGUGGAAGACUGGGAGAAUGACCGCCCUAAAGGUGGGUCCAGUAGCCUCAGUUACACUUCCUUCUCACGCUGGGACGGCGAAAUCCCGCUUCUGGGCACGCCUGUCGAAACGGGCGACAGUGCAAUGUCAUGGCCUGCCAGCCUAUCUACCCAGUCUCCAGAAAGUACUCCCACUUUCCGAAACUCCUUAGCGGGUGAAGAGAGGAUGAUUGAACCUUUCUCCCAAGAGCCACCUUUCAGACAAGGGGACUUAGGCGCUGUUUUCUCCCAAGAGUCUUUCAGGAAUUUGGGCACCAACUGGCCUGGUGCACAGCACAGCCCACCAGUCUGGAGCAAUGUCUCCCAAGAGAACGACUGGAGCCGCCCAUUGUUGUGCACCCCAUCAACCAGUGCAGGGCUCUUGGGAGACAGGCCUAGCCUUUUGGAAAACAGGCCUAGCACCUUGGAAGGCACGCCCAGCUUCCUUAGAGACAGGCCAAGCCUCUUAGAAGACAGGCCGAGGUUUCUUGAUGACAGGUCGAGCCUCUUGAAUGACAGGCCUAACCCCUUGGGAAGCAGGCCAAGCCUCUUGGGAGACAAGCCAAGCCUCUUGGGAGACAAGCCAAGCCUCUUGGGAGACAAGCCAAGCUUCUUUGAAGACAAAUCAAGCUUCUUUGAAGACAGGCCAGAACAGCAGUCACAGUUUUGGAGGCACACAUCGCAGUGGCCGACCUCUGAGCCCAAACCAUGGGGAGAAAGCUCAACUGUGCGCAUACCAGGCCUUGAUUUUGUUUAGCUGCGCAUUAGUCAUUGAUGAAUGAAACAUUCACUGAGUUAGAUUCAUUUAUUUUCACUGUUGCACUGGCAAAUGUGCCAAAGCUAGUAGUAUUCCUAUGUACUAGUUCUCAAAUGUUCUAAGCUUGAUUCUUGGCAUUGAAAGCUGCAUGCUACCCACAUAAGGCAUGAAUGGGCUAAUUAUGAGUGCAAGUUGAAAGAGUCUAUGUAAAAGUUUUCAUGAGUCUUUGUCUUCAGGAAACAUGGCACCUAAUAAAUCCCCUCUGAUGACGAUA